AUGUCUGUUGUGACUUUACAAUUGGGCCAAUGUGGCAACCAAGUUGGACGUGAAUUUUAUGACUUACUUUCAAAAUCUGCCACCAGACCGAACUUUCAGCACCCCCAUAGUUUCCAUGGCGAUGAUUACUUUGAGAUGGUCACAGAGCGUUUUUUCGACGAGAAUAGCUACGGUAAAAUGCUUUGCAGGGCGGUAAUGGUGGACACGGAACAGAAAGUCAUUUCACAAAUGUUUGAAGAUACAAAGGCCAAGGGAACCACAUGGAGUUAUCGUCGAGAUGGACAGGUAUCAGGGAAGAGAGGGUCAGGCAACAACUGGGCACUUGGUUAUUGUUUCCAUGGUCAGAAUUGCGUUUCAGAUGUUUUGGAAGCGGUAUCCAAAGAAGUUGAGAGAUGUGAUAGUUUAGGUUGUUUUCUGACUUUAAUGAGUGUUGCUGGUGGAACAGGAUCUGGUUUGGGUACUUUUCUUACUACAGCCAUAAAGGAUGAGUUUCCUCAUGUUACUAUCAUCAACAAUGCAAUCUGGCCAUACACCAUGGGAGAAGUUAUCAUACAAAACUAUAAUGCAGUCUUGACAUUGUCUCACUUAUACUCCUCAUCUGACGCUAUCAUUUUCAUGGAGAAUGACAAGAUGCAACAAAUAUGCACGCAGUUACUAAAAAUCAAAAAUGUUUCAUUUAAGGACAUCAAUAAGGUGAUUAGCGAUGAAAUUGGCUGGGGUAUGCCUGCAUCUCUUGCAAAGGAGUCUAAAUACUUGUCAAAGUUUUGUCUGGCUGAUAUUUUAUCCAACACAUGCUCUCAUCCUGGGUACAAACUUCUUAAUAUUCUCAACAUUCCCAUCAUUCCUAAGGCAUCUUUAGUGUAUACGUCAUACAACUGGAACAUGCUUGUGAAGCAUGCUCGACAAAUGUUGAUUUCAGAUGCAAAAUUGGAGGAAGGAAUAAACUGGUCAGUUAAGGUACCUGAAUCACCUCAACCAAUUCCAAAAGCAGACCCAAUGUCACAUAUCAACAAGUCUGUGGCCAAUCAAACAUUUCUUCGUGGAAAAGACUCAGAAACUGUUGAUCUAUCCCCAUUCAAGCAACCACAAUUGUAUGCAAACUGGAUACCAAAAGACAAAAGCUUUCAUAAUGCACAUCAAAGGUACAGCUACAAUGAUACAGACCAAUCACUAACCUUGUUGAGUAACUCUCAAAGUCCAGUUAAACCACUCAAUACUGUAAUCAGCAAGGCAUGGAAAAUGUUUUCAUCUCGUGCAUAUAUACAUCAGUAUAUACACCAAGGAAUAGUGGAAGAUGAUUUUCUUGAUAGUUUAUCACUCGAACAAGUUGUUAAGAACUAUGCUAGCCUUUAAAUUUGACUGGAAAAUAAAGUUUGCUUCUUCAUUAA